AGUAGUAGCAACACCAGGACGACGAGGACGCGCGUGAGGGCAUAGCACGCGCUGUCCCUCGUCGUUGCAGAUAUGAACGAAGUCAGCAUAUCGUCGGCCCGGGCCUCGGUGAUGGUUUACGAUGACGUAAACAAAAAAUGGGUGCCCUCGGGCAGCUCCUCCGGACUAUCGAAAGUCCAGCUGUACCAUCACCAAGUGAACAACACGUUUCGCGUCGUAGGACGCAAGCUCCAAGAUCACGAAAUCGUCAUGAAUUGCGCGAUCCUGCGUGGCCUCAAGUACAAUCAGGCGACCGUCACCUUCCACCAGUGGCGCGACAACAAGCAAAUCUAUGGCUUGAAUUUCUCGAGCAAGGACGAUGCAGACGCUUUCGCCAAGGCGAUGCUGCAGGCUCUCGACGUUCUGAGUAAUGGUACGAACAUAUCGAGGAUUCUUGGACCAUCGGUGCAGGCUGCCACUCAACAGCAACAGCAGCCACAACAAAUGCCUAUUUAUCAGCAGCAACAACUUGCGCAACAACAGCAACAGCAGCAACCGAACGCUCAGUACGAGGAGGAUAUGGGAUAUAGAACUAUGACCAGAGAAGAUGUCGCUAUAAUGCAGGAACGAAGAAUGUCCCAACAAAAUCAAGUCAGCAACAGUUUGAAUGCUAUAUCGCCAAUUUGUCCAUCGAACACCCUAACUCAACAGCAGCAACAGCAACAACAACAACAACAGCAACAGCAACAGCAACAACAACAGUCCGGUCACCAUAGAACAUCGUCAGCGCCUCCAGCCCCAGCGCCCCAGGGACAGGUUACGUUACAGCAACAGUUGCCGAUGCAACAACAACAGAUGCCUCCAGUGCCGCCACCACAACCUUCGAUAGCCCCACCCGCGCCACCUUGUCCACCUUUAAUGAUGAACUUUCCCGGAGCAAUCGCACAGCAAUAUGGUCAAUCGACACAGAGCCAGCAGUCGCCUUCCGGAGCGAUCACCACGGUAUAUGGGACUCCGAGUAUCGGGCAACCGCAAGCCCCGUACCCGGUGCAGCAAUACGGGUCUGGAAGUCAGUAUGGAAGCCGAGCUUCUCUCAACAGCCAGUACGCGCCGUUGCCAAGCGGUGGCCAAUACGUCAGCCAAGGCCCCUAUGGGCCCGUCGUUUCCCAACAGCCGCUUCCGCAAUCCCAGCAGCCUAUCGUCGCCGUGAUCAAUCCCUACGAGACGCCGGUAAACGGUCUCAAUCAGCCGUAUGCACAUCCACCGAUGAUGGGACCGCAGCCUGAUGGCGGUAGUCCUGGCCUCCAGGCUCCAGUGCCCCCACCGCCCCCGCCUAUGGGGCCUGCUCUUCAAGUUGCCCCGCCACCCCCGCCACCACCGCCGACGCUCUGCGGGAGCAACGGAUUUGGUGGUCAGGAUAGUGGCCCGCCGCCAGCGCCCGACGUCAACUCGUUGGCUGCGGCGCUGCAAGCCGCCAAACUUAAGAAGAAGCAGCAGUCGCAACCGAUCGAAAAUAGUGGCUCUAGCACAAGCAGCAGCGGAAGUGGAAAUUACGGUACCCUCGGUCGUAAUAGUGGUGGCGGAGGUGGUGACAAUGCAGCUGGCAGUGCUGGCUUACCCGCCAUGAUGGUCGAGAUGGCCAAGACGUUGGCCCGUAGACGAGCUGCCGUCGAGAAAAAGCAGCCCGAUCAGCCUCCCGAGCCUGAAAGUUCACCGGAUAAGAAGUCGUGGGAUAAGAGCAAUUCCUCGAUAUCAAACAGCGCUAGCAAUAAUAAAUUCUCGAAUGGGGCCGAGUCGCCGAAAGCUCAUCGUAAAAGGUUCGGCUCUGCAUCCGAAGAUACUUUACUCAAAGUUAAUGGUGUCAACGAGGGCUCGACGAUUUCCGCACAAGAAUUGGAAACUUUCAAAGUGGAGCUCAUGAAAGAUGUACGGAAAGAGUUUCAGAAAAUCAAACAAGAAAUAAUCGAAGCUGUAAGAAGUGAACUGAAUAGAAGAUAAAGACAAGAGGAACGUUAAUGCAGCGGACUGACAUGAUAUGAUACGAGCUAACCAACGACAGAGUAAACGAGAAAUUUCACUAGAUAGCUCAAUUAAAGUAUCAUCUAUAAGCCCAUUUGUGUGUAAGCAGGUUUUUAUUAUGCGAGUUACAAUUGCGAGUACAGUGUAGGCUAUAUAUCCAUGUAUAUCAACCACUUUCUGUGUAAGUACGUUAAUCUAACUUGAUAUAUAGUACUACGAAAGAAACGGACGCGGGCUCGUUGUAUUUAAGGUAAUUAAAAUAAAUCAUCGUUGUCUUGAGAUACGGAUUUUCGACGAAGAGAGAGAGAGAGAGAGAGAGAGAGAGAG